AUGUCUGAAGCUUCAUCUUCCACACAAUCGUCUUCAGGCUUCAAUCUAGGCCAGCUUAGUAAAGCGUUGUCUCCAAUCAAAUCCUUAGUUUCUCAGGGAGAGUUGAACAAGGAGAAUGAUGCUGAUCAUGGUGGAUUCUGGUCGUCAAACCCGAUUUUCCAGUUUGUCAAUAAUGUUGCUACCACUAUUUCAUCCCACAGGCAGUCUUUGGACUUGAUUAAUCCAGGCACGAUGGAAAAUUUGAACAAGGAGGUUGAGAAGGAUGUCUUUUUGACCCAAUACGAGUUCUCUGGUCUCAGGGCUGAUCUCAGCAAGACUUUCGCCAUGAAACCUUUGUUCCAGGUGAGUCACAGCUUUUCCACUGGUGGAAAAUCACCAGCUUACGCCUUUGCCGGCAUGUUUGCCAGCGAUGAUUCUUUUAUUCAAGGUACAAUCGACAACGAGCUUUCGCUUACCGGUAGACUGAACUACGCAUGGAAUAAAAGUAACAUUUCCAAGGUCACACUUCAGUUGGCAGCAGGACAACCUCCAAUGUGUCAAAUUGAACAGGACUACCAGGCAAAUGACUUCUCUUUGAAUUUCAAGACGUUAAACCCAGACUUCUCUGGUGCCUCUUUCAACGGUGUCAUGGUUGGUUCUAUUUUGCAGUCCAUCACUCCAAAGUUUGCCUUAGGUAUGGAGACUGCUUAUUCGGCAAUGCAGCCUGGUAUGCCUGGCGAUGCUGGAAUCUCAUUGGUUGGUAGAUACAAUAACAAAAACUGGAUUGCAUCUGCUCAGUUGCAGGCUCAGGGUGCUUUGACUGCAGCCUUUUGGAAAAAAGUCUCAGAUCAUGUCGAAGCUGGUAUUGAAACCACUCUUCAAGCCUCUUAUCAGCCUGUUAUGAGCUCUAUGAUGACACCAACCAUGCAAGCUGUCCUUGAUGCUGACACCACUAUUGGUGCCAAGUAUGAGUUCAGACAAUCCAUCUACAGAGGUCAAUUAACCUCUAACGGUGUUGCUUCAUUCAUGCUCGAGCACAGAAUUCUUCCAACUUUGGGUUUGACUUUCACUGCAUCCAUCGAUCAGCUCAAAAACACCUCAAAGAUGGGUCUGGGACUUCAAAUCGAAACUGCCGGCUCUGAGGAUGUUAUGAUGAUGCAAAAUGGCCUGGUUGAUGCUGAUGGAAAUCCUGUUCCCGGUGCUCCACAAAUGGCAUAA